UUAUAGCAACUGUUGCCCUGUGAUUCAGCGCCAUAGUCACCGUAGUCCUGGCGACUGUAACCCAUCAACAACAACAACCUCUCUCUCCAUCAUUACCACCUCCACCAUCCUCAUCCUCAUCAACACGUUAGUCCACGGUACAGGCGCCAUGCAAACGCCCGAGGCCGGCGCUGACUCGUCCACGGUGCCCCUCCAGACCAGCGUGCAGCCGGCCGUCUCCACACAGCAAGGGGUCUCUCAGGCUCAGACUGUUCAACAGGUGCAGCAUGUGUAUCCAGCACAGGUCCAGUACGUGGAGGAAAACAAUGGAGUCUACACCAAUGGCACUAUCCGCACGUACACGUACACAGAGCCGCAGCUCUACAGCCAGAACAGCGGCGGCAGCUACUUCGACACGCAGGGCGGCUCGGCGGUGACGCAGGUGACCACGGUGGUGACCGCGCACGGCAUGGCCAACAGCAACAACGGCAGCGCCGGCGGCGGCGGAGGAGGAGGCGGCAGCGGAGGUGGCAGCGGUGGCACGGGGGCAGGUGGCAUGGGCAUGGCAGGGCUGGGCGGGGGCGCUGGCGGCGGCGGGCAGAUCAUCAGCAGCUCCGGUGCCUACCUGAUCGGCGGCGGCAGCGGCAACUCCAUGGACGGCUCCACGCCACACGGCCCUGCCAGCCAAACGCCCAGGGCCUCGCCCGCCACGGUCAGUAUUGAAAUGGCGAUUGAGACGCUCCAAAAGUCUGAAGGGUUGUCGUCUCAGAGAAGCUCGCUACUGAACAGCCAUCUGCAGUGGCUCCUGGAUAACUACGAGACGGCGGAGGGGGUGAGCCUGCCGCGCUCCACCCUCUACAACCACUACCUGCGCCACUGCCAGGAGCAGAAGUUGGACCCCGUCAACGCCGCCUCCUUCGGCAAGCUCAUCCGCUCCAUCUUCAUGGGGCUGCGCACCAGACGCCUGGGCACCAGGGGGAACUCUAAGUACCACUACUAUGGCAUCCGCGUCAAGCCCGACUCCCCGCUCAACCGGCUGCAGGAGGAUAUGCAGUACAUGGCUCUCAGACAGCAGCCCAUGCAGCAGAAACAGCGACAGGACAGUGAAGAGCGACAGGAAGCGAAUGUGGAGAAAAAGACGGGGUAUAAGCCGGUGCAGAAGGUGGACGGCAUGUCUGGGGAGAACUACUCUGGCGGAGGAGGCCAGCACGCAGCCAGCGCGGCCGAACAGACAGUCAUCGCACAGAGCCAGCACCACCAGCAGUUCCUGGACGGGUCUCGUGCGCUGCCCGAGUUUGCGGAGCUGGAAUUGAGUGACAGCGGGGGAAUGGACCACAUCACCACUGACGACGUCAAGGCCCUUCAAGCACUAUACAGAGAGCACUGCGAGGCUAUCUUGGACGUGGUGGUGAACCUGCAGUUCAGCCUGAUUGAGAAGCUGUGGCAGACCUUCUGGCGCUACUCCCACUCCAACACUGUAGAGGGCGCCACCAUCACAGAGAACAGCGGGCUGAGUGAGAUCGAGAGCCGGCUGCCGCGGGCCAAGCUGCUGCUGCUGUGCCGCAACGAGGGCGUGCUGAAGUGGAUGAGCACCUGCGACCACCUCAUGUACCAGGUGCUGGUGGAGAUCCUCAUCCCCGACGUCCUCAGGCCUAUACCCAGUGCCUUGACUCAAGCCAUCCGCAACUUUGCCAAAAGCCUGGAGGGCUGGCUGAGCACGGCCAUGAACGCCGUGCCCCAGAGGAUGCUCCAGACCAAGGUGUCGGCAGUGAGUGCCUUUGCCCAGACGCUGCGGCGGUACACAUCCCUGAACCACCUGGCCCAGGCGGCCCGCGCCGUGCUGCAGAACACCUCCCAGAUCAACCAGAUGCUCUCCGACCUCAACCGCGUCGACUUUGCCAACGUGCAGGAGCAGGCAUCGUGGGUGUGCCAGUGCGAGGAGGGGGUGGUGCAGCGUCUGGAGCAGGACUUCAAGGCCACGCUGCAGCAGCAGAGCUCGCUGGAGCAGUGGGCCGCCUGGCUGGACAACGUGGUGAGCCAGGUGCUCAAGCCCUACGAGGACCGCGCCAGCUUCCCCAAGGCCGCCCGCCAGUUCCUCCUCAAGUGGUCUUUCUACAGCUCCAUGGUGAUUCGGGACCUGACCCUGCGCAGUGCGGCCAGCUUCGGCUCCUUCCACCUGAUCCGGCUGCUGUAUGACGAGUACAUGUUCUACCUGGUGGAGCACCGCGUAGCCCAGGCCACCGGGGAGACGCCCAUCGGAGUCAUGGGAGAGUGCGACCAACUGAACGCCAUGUCUCCAAACAUGGACAAAGACGAGGUGAGUGAGAUGGACAGCGAUCUGGACGAUGAGCUGGAGGAGAGCGGCGAGCCCCUGGCCAAGAGGGAGAAGGCCGAGAUAGAGCUGCACCAGGCCGGAGUACAGCUCCACCACGGGGGGGAGGUGGGAGGCUGCGAACCAGAGAUCAUACAGGUGCUGCAGGUGGGCACCAUGGAGGAUGGCAGCAGUGCCGUGGUGGGCAUGCUGAGCGCCCUGCCCAGCGCAGGGGGCACGGCCACCAUCAUCCCGGCCGAGCACGUGAGCGCCGUCACCACCGUCACCGCUGUCCCUGCCGCCGUCACCGCCGGCGCCACAGAGCACCACAUCCUGCCCCCGGGAGCCACCAGCACCAUACGGCACUGCAACAGCACCGGCAGCAGCUUCGCACCCGUCUGAGGUGGCCUGCUGGGUGUUGGAGGAGUAGGGCGAGCUUGAUAUUUGCCCAGGCGGGUGAAGAGAGGGGAAGGUAUGGAUGGAUGAGAUGACAAAAUGAGAGCAGCUCACCUCCACAUCCUACCUUCUCACCACCGUCUCAUGCUCCUCGUGUCCUCCUCAUUGAAUCUCUUUGGGGGUUUGGGGGGAUUUCAGAUGCCUAGGCUGAUGGAGAGAUGGGUGGAGGAGGAGAUACCCAGCUGAGGUCACCUCCUUAACACUAUCUCCACCACCACCUUCACCUCCACCUUCUCAUGCUCCUCUUCUCCUCCACACCCACCCAAUUUCUCCUCUGCUCUCCUCUUUUCUUGUCAUCCUCCACUACAGCUCUCAGCCUUUCUCUACUUAUGCCUCUGACUCGCCACUCUUGCAGUCCGUUUCAUAUUUUUGUUUUGUUGUUUGUGUUUCUGUGGUUUGACAUUUUUAAUUGGUUUGGUAUUGCUCUUGUGUUUGUUGUGAUGCUGAGAGAUGUCUCACCCUUUGAGCCUUACGAGUGUGUCGGGAGUGGGGAUGGACAGAUGAUUCUUAUUUGACGCUGCGGAUGGAGAAGAAAGGUGGACGCUGGAUGACUGGAAGAGUCGGGAUGAUGGAGAAGACACGGAGGAGGAAGAAGAGUGGAGGAUUUUUGGGGCGGCGGUAUGGGGGGUAGGGGAUGGGUUUAGGUGCGAGUCGGUGCAGGAGGUUUAUCCUGGAACAGUUACAAACUUUCCUACAUUCCAUUUGAUUUAAACACUGGCAUUCACAACAUUCCAUCCCGUCGACGAUCUACAGUUUAAACUCUCAAGUCUAAAUUGUGGUCUGAAGUGAAGAAAUGGCUCAAUGGUUUGAUUUGAUUUGAUUGAUGGAUUUGGUGGUUGGGGAGGGUCAGCGUUAUUUUUUCCCACUCUACCAUCCUAUUAUGAAUACUGGUUUGUUUGCUUGUUUGUUUUUUAAUCACCAUAUGAUUGUUGCAUUACUUUGUGCAAAAAAAAAAGAAAACAAACUUUUGCCAAAUAUGUUGCGUUUUCAAACCCAAGUUCCCCACCACCACCACGUUUUCUACUGUUUUUAUUAUUUUCUUGCCUUUAUUAUGUCUGACAAAGUGCUGUCUCUUCCAGUCAUAUUUUUUCGUCACCGUGCUGCUAGAUUUUAUCAGGCAGGUUUUGUGUGUGUGUGUGGUCACCCACGCCCUCCUGAUGUUUUGCCACAUUGUGUAUGACGCGUGGAAGGAAGUUCUAACACCAUUUCCCAAAAUGCCUUGUGUCCUGCUAGGCUCAGUCGAUUUAGAGUUCUCUAAAAAGAAAAAAGGGCAUUGUGCGUUUUCUACUGGAUAUGUCUUAUUGUCCUGCAAAGUUCAAUAUGUCUUGUUGUUGUGAGGUGACUCCUGUUGGUGGCUGUCUUUUUCAUUUCAUUCGUUUGUUUUUUUUCCCCUUUUUUCCCCCGAACUGGACCAAAUACAGGAGAAGUGAUCAUGCUGAAGAGAUCUCUGAAAGGUUUUUUUUUCAGACAGGGGCUUUUGUUUUUAUUCAUGUUUUGUACAUUCUUGUUGAUGUUUUUUCCUUUGUUUUCUUUGUUGUUUAUUGGUGGCUUUCCCGCCUGUGCCGUGCUGUAGAACCCAGUGAAUGUCGGACACCUCAUGCACAUCUGGUUCAUCCCAGUGCCUUAAGCUUAGCCACCGCAUGCCAUCGCUCAUCAUCGCCCGCCUGCCCGCCAGCCAGGCAGACAAAUGCCGACAUCACGCUCAGUGGAGAGAGAAAGAAAGGAAGGUAGAAAGGAAAGCAGUCAAAAAGAAGGAAAGAAAGAAAGGUAGAAAGGAAAGCAGUCAAAAAGAAGGAAACAAGCAAAGGAAAGCAGUCAGAAAGAAAAAAAAAUCUUGUGGUGUCAGAGUGGUACUUGAGAGGAAAAGAGGUUUCCACUGAGAUUUUUUUUUGUGUUCAUCUCACGAUUAUAUUCUAAUUAAGAAUAACGAUUCUUGUUAUGCACGUUUUUUUUUGUCAUACAGCUUCUUUAUUGUUUCUGUGUUUGAUUGUUUUUCCUCAACGUUUUUGUCCCCUUUCUCGGUCCGUAGUGCCCUCUCUAUGUGCCCCUACCUCAUCACCAGCAGUGCCCACCCCCGGCCAUCUCUCACCAGAACCCUUUGAGUUUGUUGUGCUGAAUCUGUACAGAGGACCAAAUGAGUUUUGUUUUUGUUUUUUAAAUAACUAUAUGGUUAAAAAACAAAGAGAGAUCUAUUAUUAUAUUCACAGACAAAUUCUACUGAAGAACAGAUGAUUAUUCUGUUUUGUUUUUGAGGUUUUUUUUGUCCUGCUUUUGUGAGACAUCGUGGAAGAGAUCACAAAUGUUUGUUUUGUAGGAGACUUACGAAUUAAAUGGUGCAUUGAGUGGCACUCAUGUUACAAAUCGUACACACUCCCAUCUUUUCGAUGACGAGGCCGUCACUUGGGCUAACGUGAGGUGUUUACAGUGUGUUAUUAUUGCCUUCACAAUUGACCAGCUGGUCAUUCUUAAUGUGUGCGCAAAACCGUUCAUCUCCCUUGCUAAGCUCUUAAAGAAGAGUGGUCCGAAGAUCACAAGGCUGUCAGUACGGAGAGACUAUGAUUUACACUGUAAUUUUGUUAUACACUUGAUCUCCAACUUGAUGGCUUUCACACAGUUAGGGAAGAAAAAAAACGUACAUACACAUACUGUGCUUGUCAGACAAUGAGGAACUGGAAAUGUGUUUUACUUCUGACCAAUUCCCUUACAACAUUUUGUUUUUCUAUUGCCAGGAGAGCUGUGUCUGCACGAGCGCCUAGAGUUUUGUUUUUUUCUUGGGUGUCUGUUUUUUCAUUGUUGUCCUUGCAGGAAUGUUGUAUUCACUUGAAAUGUAUAUUUAUGUUCACUUAAUGCGGAAAAGAAUACUACUGGAUUGGCGCGAGUUUUUUUCUUGAUGAUGUGACAAAAGCCCACGACCCUUCCCCCUCCCCCUUUAGUUGAUGACCACUACCGCCAGGAGGAAACGCUUUAUGUUUGAAGUGAGACCACUCGUUUUUUUGUGUUUGAUACAUGACUUAACUUUUUGUGUGUGUCUGUGUGUGUGAAAAAGAAAUGUGCUGGUUUAGUGUGUGUGGGAUGUGCACACAAUGUUAAUGAAGAUCUCUAUGGAAGAUGAUGCUCCUGAAAAAUGCAGCUUUGAAUUAACGACCAAAUGGAUCAUCGUUAUUAUCAUCAACAUUAAUGCCUUGUGAAGUAGUAGGACUACUGUAUUUAUUGUCAAAUUGAGGUGCAGUUUGUUUGGUGUGUGUGUGUACGGGUGUGUGUAUGUGUGUGUGUGUGUAUGUGUGUGAAUAGUUCCACUCUUAGUAGGGGAAGCAAAAAUAACCCUGAAAAAAGUCUACUGAACUGUCCAGCCACUGUGCAGCGAUAGACAACCUGUCUGUUCUGUUUUGUUCUUUUGUUGUUCACCUGAAAAAUCACUGCUGUAAAUUUCUCGUAUCUGAUCUAUUGCAAAUGGCUCUUAGAAACUGAUUUGUUGGAUAUGAACUGACGACGACGAUUUUCAUUUUUGUUUGUACUGAUUAUGUGCAUUAGACUUCUGAAAGUGCUUUCUUUAUCGGUAUUGCAUGCCUUUUGUUUUUGUGCUGCUAGAAAUCAUCACUGUUUUUCCUUUGUUGUUGUUGUUGUGUUUUUUUUUUUUUUUAAAUGUUCAAUUUUUUUAUUAUUAUUUCUCUUUACAGAUGUGCCAGACACUGGAAAAUAUUAAGUGUAAAAAAAAAACAUUAACAGCCUAGGUAAGCCUGACUGUUGCAAGAGUCUUUUUGUCAAAGGCUGGAUCCAAAAUGUUCCAAAAACCCAAGUGCACUACAUUGCCACACACCAUGUACAACAGACUCACAACGUGUGUACAGUAGAUUGCUAAUGUACUUGUCUCACACCCUACAUAGAGACCUCGUAUAGUGAAAGAAGGAACAUUUUGGACGCGGCCAAAGACUACUGGUUUUCCCCGUAUCACACUGACUCCGAGUGAAAAGUGAAGGCGACUUGUCACUAAUCACCAUUUACAAAACCUGAUGUUGCAACCUUGAGCAAAAUUGGCCUGCUCUGUGCGUGCGUGCGUGCGUGCGUGCGUGUGUGUGUGUGUUAACGUGAGAGUGUGGCACUUGUCUUGUAAAUGGACUGCAGUUACUUUAUUUUUUGCAGGCAUGUUUUUUUUAAGUAUGAUUUGAUAUGUAUCUACUCAUUUCAGUUUUUCUCAUAAAGAGAACACGCACUACAUGUGGGGUACAAAAAAAAGAAGGAAAGAAUCAAUGCAAUGCAAUUUCUGGACAUCUCAGCAACAUAUCAAAAACCCCAUUUUUUUUAGCAGAACUGCAACCCAUAAAGCAGGUCCUCUCUCUGUGUGCGUCUCUGCUUUGGAGAGGCGCUGCCUGCGUCCCCCCUGACCUACAGACAGUGGCAAGCAGCUUGAGAGACAAGUUGGAGCCAAGACCCCCAGUGCCUUUUUGAUUCUCACCCUCAACCUGCAGAACUGUCCGGAGGAGAAACGCCUUCACAGACACAACUUUACAGCUACAUACUACUGUAUGCCCCACCUCAGCCAGACUUACCAGACCAGACCAACCCUACCUGGCCUGGCCACCUCCGCCCCGGGGACCUGGGGCCUGGGGAUGGGAGGAAAGUACCAUUGUCACCGUUGAUGAAACUAUGGUGCCAGGUGCUGGAUGCUUGAGAUGGAGAGGAGGGAACGCCACGGCCAGUAGAGGGUCAUUAUUGUGUGCAAGUACAUGUGUUGGUGGUUGGUUGUGCUCCAACCAAGAGAAACGUGAAGUUUACUACUCACUCUAGUAUGUUGUUGGCCUGUGGCUUUAGGCAUAUUUUCACCAAAUGUUCCUCCAGGCUUUUUGUGGUGGCUGGCAGAUGUGUAAGUUGUUGAUAUUUACCAUUAUCCGUGGGGGGGUGCCAUUCACCCCCCUCCAUAGAAAAAUAAGAAGAAAAAGAAAAAAAACAGAACAGUGGAACAUUCUGGAUUCUCCCAUGAUGAUGGUGCAAUCUAAACUGGGAUAUGCCAGUUAAGGCCACUACCACUAUUGCCAUCAUGACACCUUCUGGAAACCUUUCCUUUUUUUCCCCCUGUGUUUUUGUUUUCUUCCCGUUUCUUUCUCUUGUUUAUAAUUUGAUGAAAGUGGUAUGCUUGCUUCAAGUUUUCUGUGUCCUGGGAAUAUUUUUUAUUAAGUGCCAUUUGACGGUUUACUUAGUGAGUGGUUGCCCGUGGUAGCGCAUCCUAAUGCAAGCACAAGCAUUAUGGCACUCUAGGAUGGUUCUGGGGGAGGCCGAAGCCCCCCCCCCCCUGCUCCCCCCUCCCAGAGACGGUCUUAGUUGUAAAUAUAAAGAUUUAAAAAAUGAAAGGUUAUUUAUUUACAGCCUCUUUCUUUGACUGUCGAAAUGAUUCUUUUUUUUGUCCUUUGGAUAUGUUGGCAAGUGUACAUUGUGGUAUUUUCUUUCUCUCCUCUUUCUUCUGGUUUAUGAAUGAUGUAUGGUAUUUUGCAUACAUAUGUAUUUUUUUUUCCUUUUUAUUCUUUUUUGUGUGUGCGUUGUUUCAAGUUACCUCUUAGUAUAUUAUAUCUUCUGA